AUGACAAGCGAGGAGGAGGAGGGCCCCAACGUUGCAACAUCAACAGCAACGACACCGUCAGCGGCGGCAAUCUCCAGGGCAACAACAGCCAUAGCCAGGGGCGAUAGCAACGAUGCCGUCACUUCCUCCUCCCCCCGCAGGCCCUCCCCGUACCACCGCCCGUGUCCCGAGGAAAAGGAGGAGAAAGAGGCGGAAAUAGAGGAGGAAGGCAUCAUUCAGGAAGAGAGGAUUGAGAAGGAGGAGGAAGGGGUGAUGGAGUGCGAUGGGGAUGAUGAAGACGACGAUGACGAUGACGAUGACAGCAGUGAUACCAGUGUGUUAGUCGUGCCCUACCCCGACCUGGUACCUGUGGUCUUCUUCUGCCUGAAGCAGACGACGUGUCCUCGCAGCUGGUGCAUCCGCAUGGUCUCCAGCCCCUGGUUUGAACGUGUGAGCAUUAUGGUGAUCUUGUUGAACUGCAUGACCCUGGGAAUGUACCAGCCCUGUGAGAACAUCGAUUGCUCUUCAGACCGAUGCCAAAUACUACAGGCUUUCGAUGCAUUCAUCUACAUCUUCUUCGCUCUGGAGAUGGUUAUAAAGAUGGUCGCCCUGGGAAUCUUUGGUCCACGCUGUUACCUCGGGGACACAUGGAACCGACUGGAUUUCUUUAUCGUCAUGGCAGGGAUGGUUGAAUACUCGCUGGACCUGCAGAACGUCAACUUCACCGCCAUCCGAACAGUGAGGGUGCUGCGACCUCUCAAAGCAAUUAACAGGGUGCCAAGCAUGCGUAUCCUCGUGAACCUGCUGCUGGACACUCUGCCCAUGCUGGGCAACGUCCUCCUCCUCUGCUUCUUCGUCUUCUUCAUCUUCGGCAUCAUCGGAGUGCAGCUGUGGGCGGGCCUGCUGAGGAACCGCUGCUACCCGGAGGAGAACUUCACACUGGCGACGGGUAUCAGUCUGCCUCGGCCCUACUACAUGGCUGACGAGGACGACGAGCGACCCUUCAUCUGCUCCCUGCCCGUCGACAACGGCAUCAUGUCCUGUUCUGACGUCCCGGCCCGCCGCGAGGGAGGCAGGGCGUGCUGCCUGGACAAAGACGACGCCCUCUACCGCCAGUCGCUGGGCCUGAGCCCCGAGCCCCUGACCAAUGGGAGCGUCAGUGUAGCAGGGCUGUGUGUCAACUGGAACCGGUACUACACCCGCUGUCAUACCGGGCACAGCAACCCCCACAAAGGAGCUAUCAACUUUGACAACAUCGCCUAUGCCUGGAUUGUCAUCUUCCAGGUGAUCACUCUCGAGGGCUGGGUGGAGAUCAUGUACUACGUGAUGGAUGCUCAUUCCUUCUACAACUUCAUCUACUUCAUUCUACUCAUUAUUGUGGGGUCCUUCUUCAUGAUCAACCUGUGUCUCGUGGUCAUCGCCACUCAGUUCUCAGAGACCAAGCAGAGGGAGCACCAGCUGAUGCAGGAGCAGCGAGCACAGUGUUCGUCCUCCUCCACCCUGGCCAGUGAACCCGGGGACUGCUAUGAGGAACUCUUCCAGCUGGUCUGCCACAUCCUCCGCAAGGCCAGGAGGCAGACUGUCGCCUUUUUCAACACCCUGCGGGGGAAACCCCGCGGUUUCCGGGGUGCCGGAAGAGGUAGAGGAGGUAGAGAGGGGAGGGAGAGGAAGACCAAUGGAAAGGGAGGACGUGAGCAGAGAGCAGUGAGGAGGCAUGGUGCUCCCUGUCCCCACCAUAACAAACCUGACCACACCUCACCCGCCUCCCCCAUGGCCCUCACCUCCUCCACCGCCACAGACGGCUGCCCUCAGUGUGCCGCAGCCCUGUCGCUCACUGAUGGCGUGGGACCAGGUCGCAGUGCAAACGAUGAAGCGGAGGAGGGAGCUGUGGAGGAAACGGACAGGGAGGGGGCGCAUCCUGGUGGUAAAGAGAAGGGCAAAAAAGGCCAGGAGGGUGCAGGGAGAUCUGGGGGCUGCAGUCCAAAGAAGCGAUGCAAGGAGCUGUGGCACGACACAAGGAUGAAGCUGUGGGGGAUCGUGGAGAGCAAAUAUUUCAACCGAGGCAUCAUGAUCGCCAUCCUGAUCAACACCAUCAGCAUGGGCAUCGAGCACCACGAGCAGCCGGAAGAGCUCACUAAUGUUCUGGAGAUCUGCAACAUCGUCUUCACCAGCAUGUUCUCCUUGGAGAUGAUCCUUAAAAUCACUGCAUUUGGCUCCUUCAACUACCUGAGAAACCCCUACAACGUCUUUGAUGGAGUCAUUGUCAUCAUAAGUGUAUGUGAGAUUGUCGGGCAGUCCGACGGUGGUUUGUCUGUGCUGAGGACCUUCAGACUGCUGAGGGUGCUGAAGCUUGUAAGAUUCAUGCCAGCCUUGAGGAGACAGCUGGUUGUCCUCAUGAAGACCAUGGACAAUGUAGCCACCUUCUGCAUGCUGCUAAUGCUCUUCAUCUUCAUCUUCAGUAUCCUGGGGAUGCACAUCUUUGGCUGUAAGUUCAGUCUCAAGACUGAGACCGGUGACACAGUACCAGAUAGGAAGAACUUUGACUCCCUGCUCUGGGCUAUUGUCACUGUUUUCCAGAUUCUGACGCAGGAGGACUGGAACGUUGUUUUGUACAAUGGCAUGGCAGCCACUUCACCACUUGCCGCUCUUUACUUCGUGGCCCUCAUGACCUUUGGAAACUACGUCCUCUUCAACCUGCUGGUGGCCAUCUUGGUUGAGGGCUUUCAGGCAGAGGGUGACGCCAAUCGUUCUUACUCGGAUGACGACCGCUCCUCUUCCAACUUUGACGAGAGCGAGAAACACGACUCCAUAAAGUUAUCUGACCCAAGGAUCUGCACGCUGACACCCAACGGCCACCUGGAGCUGGGUGGUCUUUCAGGGUCCAGAGGAUCCUACUCCUCAGAGAGGCGUAGCUUCACCAUCGAGUCCAGGAAGAGCAGUGUGAUGAGCCUGGGCAAGAGCAGCCUGGAGAGACGCUCCCUCUCCCUGCGUCAUGGUCGCAGUCCCAACUACCACAACUGGGGGCGCCCUUUCCAUCCACAGUCUGCUUGGAGCCGCAGGUCCAGCUCAAACAGCUUGGGCCGGAGGAGCUACGGGUUUGGUGGGGCUCCUCUGGUGGGAGGCAGCCUCCGUGUACACAGCACCCGCUCCCCCCACUCCUACAGCUAUACUGCCGAGCAGGAGUCCCUUCUCUCCCACCCAUCCCACUCCCAACAUCCUCUACCCCCUCAUCAUCCACCUCCACCCCCGUUGUUCCUCUCCAGACACUUCGCUGCGAGGAGGGAUCGACGCGCUCUUUCCCUGGAGCUCCCAGAGCUGCUUCGGGCAGGCGGACAGCCCCCGGGCCUUGCCCCUGUCCACCCAGAGCCCGGGAGGAGGAGUGGGUCUGGGGCAGGGGGAUCCAUCACUGGGGGGUCUGGGGCUGGUAGUGUUUUAGGAGCGGACCACCGGGACUGUAACGGCAAGACGCCGGGUCCCCACACUCAGCUGAUGGCUGAGGUUUUCCCUCAAGUCAAUGCACGCAAGGAAAGAGCAGACCUCGAUGAAGAGACAGAUUAUAGUUUGUGUUUCCGCAUCCAGAAGAUGAUGGAGGUGUACAAGCCAGACUGGUGCGAGACCAGAGAGGAGUGGUCCGUCUACCUGUUCUCCCCUCAGAACAAAUUCAGGCUCCUCUGCCAGUCCAUCAUCGCCCAUAAGCUCUUUGACUACGUUGUCCUGGCCUUCAUCUUUCUCAACUGCAUCACGGUGGCUCUGGAGAGGCCGAAGAUACUGCAAGGCAGUCUGGAAAGGGUGUUUCUCACAAUUUCCAACUACAUCUUUACCGCCAUCUUUGUUGCGGAGAUGACCGUCAAGGUGGUGUCCAUGGGUCUGUACCUGGGGGAGAAAGCCUAUCUGAGGAGCAGCUGGAACAUUCUGGACGGUUUCCUCGUAUUCGUGUCUCUCAUUGACAUUGUGGUGUCAAUGGCGGGUGGAGCUAAGAUCCUGGGGGUUCUCCGUGUUCUCAGGUUGCUCAGGACGCUACGGCCACUCAGGGUGAUCAGCAGGGCUCCAGGACUGAAGCUGGUAGUCGAGACCCUCAUCACGUCCCUCAAGCCCAUCGGCAACAUCGUCCUCAUCUGCUGUGCCUUUUUCAUCAUCUUUGGCAUUCUUGGUGUACAGCUCUUUAAAGGAAAGUUCUACUACUGUGUGGGUUUUGACGUGAAGAACAUCACUAACAAGUCCGACUGUCUGGCUGCCAACUAUCGAUGGGUUCACCACAAAUACAACUUUGACAACCUUGGACAGGCUCUAAUGUCCCUGUUUGUGCUGGCCUCUAAAGACGGCUGGGUCAACAUCAUGUACCACGGACUGGAUGCAGUGGGAAUAGACCAGCAGCCGUUGACCAACAACAACCCAUGGAUGCUGCUCUACUUCAUCUCCUUCCUCCUGAUCGUCAGCUUCUUCGUCCUCAACAUGUUCGUGGGCGUAGUGGUCGAGAACUUCCACAAGUGCCGGCAGCACCAGGAGGUGGAGGAGGCCAGGAGGCGAGAGGAGAAACGGCAGCGUCGCAUGGAGAAGAAGAGGAGAAAAGCCCAGAAGCUGCCCUACUAUGCGUCAUACGGUCCAGCCCGGCUGGCUAUCCACACUCUGUGCACCAGCCACUACCUGGACCUGGUUAUCACCUUCAUCAUCUGUAUCAACGUCAUCACCAUGUCUCUGGAGCACUACAGCCAGCCACAGUCUCUGGAGACCGCGCUGAAGUACUGCAACUACUUCUUCACCUCCACCUUUGUGAUUGAAGCCUCUCUGAAGCUGGUGGCCUUCGGCUUUAGACGCUUCUUCAAGGACAGGUGGAACCAGUUGGACCUGGCCAUUGUGCUGCUGUCAGUAAUGGGCAUCACCCUGGAAGAGAUUGAGAUCAAUGCGUCCCUCCCCAUCAACCCCACCAUCAUCAGGAUCAUGAGGGUACUCAGGAUAGCACGAGUGUUGAAGUUGUUGAAAAUGGCAACCGGGAUGAGAGCUCUGCUAGACACAGUGGUCCAGGCUCUGCCUCAGGUGGGAAACCUUGGCCUGCUCUUCAUGUUGCUGUUCUUCAUCUACGCAGCUCUGGGAGUGGAGCUGUUUGGAGAGCUGGUGUGUAACGCUGACUACCCCUGUGAAGGGAUGAGUCGACACGCCACCUUUGAAAACUUCGGGAUGGCCUUCCUCACACUCUUUCAGGUUUCCACCGGUGACAACUGGAAUGGCAUCAUGAAGGACACGCUGAGGGAGUGCCCGCCGGACGGUCCAGGCAGCGACUACGGCUGUCAUGCUGGACUGCAGUUCAUCUCCCCCAUGUACUUUGUGUCCUUCGUGCUCACGGCUCAGUUCGUCCUGAUAAACGUGGUGGUGGCCGUGCUCAUGAAGCAUCUGGACGACUCCAACAAGGAGGCGCAGGAGGACGCCGAGAUGGACGCCGAGAUUGAGCUGGAGCUGGCUCAGGGAGGCCUCUGCUGCAUGAUGGGGGGCAUCGGAGCGAUCGCCGGGGCCACGGGUGGCGCUGCGAGUGGGGCCGGAGCGGCGUCUGGUGCAAUCACGGCGGGGGCGGUCGGGGGUCCAUGUGGUGGUGUGAUUGCGCCGCUACGAGAUGGAGGAGGCGGCGGUGCAGCUCAUGAGGGACAUGCACACAGUCGAUGUCGGCUCUUCUCUCCUGCGCAGGAGAGCCAAUGGCUGGACAGUGUGUCUCUUCUGAUUAAGGACUCGUUGGAAGGGGACAUGAUUGACAACCUCUCCGGGUCAGUUUUCCACCACUACUGCUCUCCUCCUGUCUGUAAGGACUGUAAGAGUCACCCAGAAGAGCAUGUCCAGCUGGCAGAGGUGGAGCAGGCAUCACUGAUGUCAGAGCAGCUGUCGGACAAGUCGUCGUCUCUGGCGCUGCCUGAUGACCUCAGCCUGGACGAGCACAGCAGCUACCAGCUGCUGGUCAGAGACAGCCAGAGGGGCAGCAGUGACUCCCAUAGUUCGGAGGAGUUGCCCACCCAGGAGGGCUACGGAGGGCUUCGCCCCUCCAGCUCAGGGAGCGAGGAGGGGGUCCAGCAGUUGUUUGAGGUGGGCGUCCGUCCUCAGCUGAACACUCCCCCGCUGGAGCAGCCGAGCCCAGUGCAUUGCACAGAUGGAGAUGGAGGAAGUUGCAGUGGAGGUGGUGGCGGGUCUUCACCCGUCUUCCACCUACCCGCAGACUUCUUCCACCCAGCUGCCGCGGCUCAUCCAGGCAGUCCUGGGAACGGUGUUAGCCAAGGAGACAGAGGGCCAUCCAGGUUGGCCUCUCCAGCCUCCUGGGCCUCCCUCCGCUCACCCGGAGCGAACAGCAGGCCCCUGAGCUCGCAGCACCCGUCCCGCAGUGACUCCUCCCUGGCCACAGGCAGUUCAGAGGGCAGCCUGCAGACCACUCUCGAGGAAGGGCUCAGCUUCAGCGUCUCCCCACCACGAGAUCUGGAUCUCCCCAUGCCUGUCCUCUGCCCCCUCCCCAGCCACCCCUUACACCCCAAGGGACCAGAAACAGGAGACCAGGAUCAGCCUUUACUAAAGAGACGCAGCACUACUUUUAACCUCCAGGCCACCAGGGGGCACCAGAGGAGUCAGAGCAGCUGUGGCGGUGGCAGCACCAGCCCCGGCUGUCCCCGGCAGGACUCCAUGGAUCCUUCAGAUGAAGAGGUGGGCACGGGGGCGGGUGCAGAUGGGUGCCGCCAGACCCUCAACAGCGAACACUUGUCAGAAACACUGAACAGCCUCUCACUGACGUCGCUGCUCACCCCGGGCUCUCUGGCACCCCCGCUGGUGAAGAAAUGUAACAGCACAGGCUCACUGGACCAAACCAAUCUAUCCACCCAGAGUAAAGACGGACGCCACUUCUAUGGCAUAGAUACCCAUGGUUACUUGUCCAAUCCCUGGACAGAGGGAAGGGCGAGAGAUGAGGGGGAGGACAGUGAUAUCACAGCCUUCAACAUUGAAAGCAGCAGCCGACCCACAGACACAAGCUCCAGGAAAAAUAGAUGAAACACUUGUUGCCUCUCUGUAGUGGAAGUCUUUAACAUUUGCAUUUCUGGACCUUGGACAGAACAGGGAGAGACUUUAAACACAGUCCGUGUCCUGUGAACCCGAUUUUAAAGUUCUCUCUCGUCUUUGAAUCGUCUGUUCUCUCUCUUUCCUCCUCGGAUCUGGCUGCUCGGGAUCAGUCAUUUCUCAAAAGAUUACGGUGGCUUCUGAGGUUUGACAUCCUUGCUUUUCCACAGGAUAUGUGGUUGUGUUUGAAAGGACUUUAAUGACAAGGGGCUCAGCCUUUUACCAUUGAGCCUUGAAAGAUGUGGCAGUCCUGGGUUUUACAUUUGAACCACCCUGAGAUAAAGAAUAUUUGGAAAUCCAUUAGAGCGACAGGCCUGAAAAUUACAGUGAUUGAUGAACAUUAUUAAGUUGAUGUUACUUAAAUGAAACUGCUAAAAAAAAAAAAAAAAAAAAAAAAAAAAAAAAAAAAAAA